ACUCAGUCGUGUUCGAAUCGUCGUUGAAACCGGAAACGCUGGCGCAAGGGCCCACAUCAGAAAUACCACCAGUCUCACAAUUAAGCAGAAGCAGCAGCAGCGACAGAGGAGCAGCGGGCAGAGAGCAAAAUCGGUUCCAUUUGAAAACGGAAGUCUAAUCCAAUUUGGCCUAUGACAAUACAAACGCACUUUCUUCGCUACGCAUUAUCCAGGUGCGUGUGCGUAUAGAGAGUGAGCAAGAGCGAGCGAGUGAGGAAGCGAGAGGUGGAAAAUAUUAAAGUUUAAGAGCAAAACGCGUGUGUUUCUGUGUCCUCCAUGUUAACAUAAGUUGCCACGAUUAAGCAACGCUUACCGCCGCAUAUCGAGCACUGAAUAAACCCCCAAUCGUGCGUGUGUUUAAUUUGUAUUUCUGGCACUUGGUUCGGCAAACAGCAAAAGCAUUUCCCUAUGAUUGGCUCAUUCUGGAAUCUGUGCAGAGCGUGCCCAUCAAUGCCGGUAGACAAGCUCCACUCGGAAUAUCGGAGCACUUAUCGUUGGCAUGAAUUUACGGGCAACUCGCGGCCAGAGGUUGUGCGACGGGCACCAGCCCCGAAUCCAAGUCAAUUUGUUGGACCGACAAAUGAGCCGCCAUUGCCGCGACGGAAAAAAUGUCCAGAAUUAGCAUAUAAAUCGCACGAGUUUAUUAUAGGAUCGGAAUAUACAGAUGCACGCCGAGAUGCCAGUGCACAUCGCUUGGCGAGGUCGGAGGAGCGGGGCACACCUUCGCGCCGCAGCAAAUCGGAGGGACCUCCCGUCGUGCCCAAUGGACGUGCCUAUCCCAUUGCAACGGAGAUCGAUGGAGCCACAAGAAAACAGGCGGCUACUCUACAUGAGUUGGAGCCCUUGGUUAGCGAUACGGAUGAUAGAAAAACGCACGAGAAACAUGUGUCCAUUGUGGAGCGCAAGAUUACCUCGCGUCCGUUCUCGCAGGCCAUGGACCAGGAGCGCCUGAAUCACUUCAUCACGAAAAAGGAGAACUUCGGCUUUGCCGAUGCCGCCGUGGCCGCUGCGGCUCUCAAGGAUGAGGUGGACAAUCGGCAGCAGGUUGCCGAAUCUGGCCAGAUGGUGGUCAUGAAUGGCUCUGCACCGCCGCACUCUAAACCGAAUUUGGAUUUGUGGUUCAAGGAGAUGGUUGAGCUGCGCAAAAAGGCCGGCGAAUACAAGUGCCGCGGCUGGGGCAUAGAGAUCGAUCCGGACCUCUACAAGAAACAGAAGGAUCUAUGGGAUCAGGUUUCAAAGCGCAGCUCACUCUCAGCACUUUCCCUAGCCUCGUCUGUGCAUAAACCCAUCACAAAGGAGGAGAAGGAACAGGAGAACAAUAAGAAAUCCACGCCCUUGCAAAAGGCCCAGAAGCCACGGGUUCCUGGCCAAGCCUUUUUGAUUGAUAAUAAGGAUGAGAUUUCAGCACUGCCAGCACGCUUUAGCAAUAUACGCCAUCACCUCGAACGCACCACGGGCCCGGAUGUGGAGGAGGGCGCCCUGCUGCCCUCGCCGACGCGGGAGAAACUGAUGCCGGCCAUCACCAAGCGGGAGUCGGAGUCGCAGCGUGGCAGUCCCAAGAAGACCGCCUUGUCCAGGCACGGAUCACCCCAGAAGGGUAGUCCCCAGAAGGGCAGCCCCAAGAAGGUCCUCAAAUCCCGCUCGCAAUCCGUGGGUCCGGGCGUUGCUGAGAAUGAGUCACCGAAGCGCCAGAUCCGGUCGGCGAGUCAGGCGCCCACGAGCCGUAAAAAGACGCCGAUAGCCGGAACCGGAAGCGGAAGCGAGCGCAAGGCGCGCCCAUCCACCCUAUCCACAACAUUCCAAUCCCGCAUUAAAAGUAGUUCCCUGCCACCGCCCAACGGUAGAGUAGCCUCUGCGCCGCCAGCAACUGCAGCAGCCCGUGCAGCAUCAUCAGCAGCUAAAUCGGCCCUAAACGCUAAUCAUGCAACCAAUCAAUCACAAUCAUCACAUGCCAAGAGCAGCAGCAAGGCCGGCAGCAGCAGCAACAACAGAACGGCAGCAGCAACCGCCCAACAGCAACAGCAUCAGCAACAAAUGCGUAAGAAAGACAAAGAUAGAUCCAAUAUUAGUUGCAUUGGUAGUCAAGUUGGUGCUGGUAGCGGUAGCAGUACAAAUACAAAUAGUGUCAAGCAUCAGCAGAAUAAACAAAAGCAACAACAACUACAACAACAACAACAACAACAGCAAAAGCAACAGCAACAGCAAAAUCAACAACAGCAAAAACAUCAACAACAACAACACCAACAAGAGCAACCGCAACAGCAACAGCAAUUGGAUGUUGCUGCAACAUCAGAGGUAGCAGCAGCAUCUGCAACAUUGGCAACAACAUCGGCCCAAACCCCCAAACGUCCUGCGACCAUCAACAUCAAACGGCUAACGGUACCAGGUCAGGAUAAAAAAUUGGCUGAAAACGAUGCCGAGGACGGCCGUGAGACUGCCAUUUCCAUUUCCAGCUGCAGUCCACAGCCGCCGGUGCCGGAAGUGCCCGAGGAGCCGCUGGUGAAGUCGCCACCGGAACCCACCAGGGUCAAGUCGCCGGAGCAGAUCAUAAUGCGCUCACCCGAUCCAGUCAACUGGACGGUGCCCCUAGACACUGGCAAGACCUUUACGGUUACGCAGAAUGUCAAGGAUGGGGAGAACUACAGCCGACCUCAGAGCGAGAUUAAAGCGUCAACACCGGUGGAGAAGCCACCGCCGCCACCGCAAUCGGCACCGCCACAACUAACCGAACAGGCUAAAAUGGACGCCUGGAAGUCGAACAGUCCAACAGCCGCGGUCUACGGCAAGACACUGACGCCCCACGCCCAUGCCCUGGCCACGCCCACCGGCCAGCCGGGCGGCGCAGUGCGAUGCACUGCCUCGCAGGAUCAGCCGCAGCAGCAGCUCCCAGAUCCGGCCAUCUCGUCCUCAUCAUCGACAGGCACUGCAUCGACUGCAAGGACAACCGCCGCCGAGGUGCUGGAGAAGGCCCGCGACCGCUUCGAUCGAUUCUGGGGCAGCAGCAGCGCCACCAAGGAGGAGAGCGUCUAGGCGAGAUCCUUUCAGAUCCAAAAAUAACGCAGUGCUUUUUAAGUGCAAAAUGUAUUCAGUAAGGCAAUUAGUUGAUCCUUGAAAGCAAAUUAUAAUGAUACGUAAUAGACGUUAUGCAAUACCCUAAGAAUAUACACCACAUCUAGCCUAUCUGAAAGCCUGGUUCCACAUACAAUAUAAUAUUCCAUUAAGCCAUGGAUAGGUUUUACAGAAUAAUAUAUUUUCAAUUUGAUUAAUUUGAUACAAAUUGUAAUUCUAAUUGAAAGUGAUAUAAUAGUUUCUUUAGCAAGAGAAGAUGAACGUUUCAAAACCACUUUUGUUGCACAAAAGUAUGCAGUGAAAUAUUUAAAUGGAUACCAUUAGACUUCAAUGAUUAAAGACAUAUUAUUUGUAAUUUAUCACGAGCUAAAUUGUACAGAUUAUUUAUUUUAAA